GGCAGUAGGUGUUUGGUGGUGUGCACUGAAGGGGCGUGUUGGUUGGAGACGUCAGCCUACCUUUGCUCAUAUUUGCGUCUCUUCCCCCUCCCCUUCUGCAGUCACAUGGCCGGUCUCUGCUCUCCCGUGACACUUUUGAACAAAUAAUAGGGGAUCGAGGCGUGCCAUGGCUGCUGUGUUAUUACUGGACAGUGCAUCUUUUACAGCAUCCAACUCUGGGGACAGCUCGGGUCUGUCCUCCGGCCUUCAGCUGCGCUCCACUGUCCACUGCGCAUCAGAACGUGGACGCGACCUCCUAAAACCCACCCGGCAGAAGACCACCAUCUGACGGAGUUUAUGUCCAAACAGGAAGUGGCUGAAAGUGUGACAUUUUGGUCCACAGAGAGACAGAAUCCAAUAUUUGAUACCAACCAUGUCGAACGAACGCACCCCUCUGCUCACCUCAGGGGUGUGUGGUCUGAACGUGACCACGGCCUGUGGCAUGGCGUCGGAGGCCACUCCUGAAUCCAGCCCUGACACGCCCACUAAAGACCCACGAAAACUAAACACCUUUUUCGGGGUUAUGGUGCCAACUAUUCUCUCCAUGUUCAGCAUUGUGCUUUUUCUGAGAACUGGGUUUGUGGUUGGUCAUGCAGGACUAUUACAGGGUCUCUUAAUGGUUGUUGUAGCCUACACUAUCAUAUCCCUGACAAUACUGUCCAUCUGUGCCAUCUCCACCAACGGAGCCAUACAAGGUGGAGGAGCCUACUAUAUGAUCAGUCGAUCGCUGGGACCAGAGUUCGGAGGGAGUAUUGGUUUGAUGUUCUUGGCCAAAGUGUGUGCGUGUGGAGAGUACGUUCUUGGUCUUGUGGAGGCCAUACUUGACGUGUUUGGAUCUGAUCCUGAGUCGUCCGUGUCAGAGGGUAUGCGGGUGCUUCCUCAGGGUUACUGGUACACCGUGCUCUACUCCUCGGUGGUUCUUCUACUCUGUCUGCUCGUCUGCCUGGUGGGUGCUCACAUCUACUCCCGCACCGCCUUCGUCAUCCUGCUGGUGGUCACCGUGUCCCUGCUGUCCAUUUUCAUCAGUUUUGUAGCCGUCAAACCUCUCACCUUUGUCAUCACCCAUCGGGGACCUGGCAACCAGACCCUCCGCUACAACGCCAGCUACACCGGCUUCAGCGCCACGACGCUGAGGAACAACCUGGGACCUGGUUACUCUUUAGACUACAGCACCAACACUGUCAUGUCUUUUGCCACCGUGUUUGCUGUUAUGUUCACCAGCUGCACUGGAAUCAUGGCCGGAGCCAACAUGUCAGGAGAGCUGAAGACUCCAAGUGUUUCCAUACCCAAAGGCACCGUUGUAGCAGUUUUCUACACUUUUGUAGUCUACAUUCUCCUCUUCCUCUUGGUCAGCGCCACCUGUGACAGGACCCUUUUGAUUCAAGAUUAUGGAUUCUUCCAGAGAAUAAACAUCUGGCCUCCAUUUGUCACCAUCGGCAUAUACUGUGCAUCUCUGUCAGCUGCGAUGUGUGCUAUGAUCGGAGCGUCCCGUAUCCUUCAUGCUCUUGCUGUUGAUCACCUCUUUGGUUUACCAUUAGCACCGGCUGCCAUCAAAUCCAGCUCCGGGAACCCAUGGAUGGCGGUGCUGUACACCUGGGGUCUAGCACAGUGUGUAGUGUUUGCAGGUCAGCUCAAUGCUAUCGCUAGUUUGGUCACUGUGUUCUACCUGCUUGCCUACGCUGCAGUCGACUUGGCCUGCCUGGCUCUGGAAUGGGCAUCGGCACCAAAUUUCAGACCCACCUUCCAGCUCUUCUCAUGGCAUACCUGUCUGCUGGGGAUUCUGAGCUGCUUAGUGAUGAUGUUCGUCAUAAACCCCGUGUACUCAUCCGGCAGCAUCGUCCUCCUGUUACUGCUGCUGCUUUUCCUCCACUACAGAUCUCCCACCAGCAGCUGGGGCUACAUCAGCCAGGCUCUUAUUUUCCACCAGGUGCGUAAGUAUCUGUUGAUGCUGGAUGUGAGGAAGGACCACGUGAAGUUCUGGAGGCCUCAGGUGCUGCUGAUGGUGGCCAACCCUCGCUCCUCCUGCCAGCUCAUCCUGUUUGUCAACCAGCUGAAGAAGGGAGGGCUGUACGUGUUGGGUCACGUGCAGCUGGGAGAUCUGGAUGCUCUGCCUUCAGAUCCAGUUCAGCAGCAGUAUAACUUCUGGUUGAGCCUUGUUGAUAAGCUCGGGGUUAAAGCCUUCGUAGACCUCACACUGUCUCCGUCUGUCAGGCAAGGAACACAACAUCUGCUGCGCAUCACAGGCCUGGGUGGGAUGAAGCCCAACACCCUGAUCUUGGGCUUUUAUGACAGCUGUACACCUGAGGACUUCUUCCUACAAGAUCCUGCGUUCUGUGACUCCUCCUCGGGUCGGGGAUCUGAAGGAGAGUAUAAUUUCGGGGUUGACCUUCCCUCUCUUCAGGCCCACUUUCCUCCAGUUCGACACGUAGAGAGUCCACGCUGGCUCUCACCGGAAGAGUACGUAGGAAUCAUUUCUGAUGCCAUGAAAAUGAACAAGAACGUGUGCCUUGCCCGUUAUUUCUUCCAGUUGGAAGGCGAAGGGAAGGACAGUAAGGUAGACGGAUCUGAGCGGACAAUAGAUGUGUGGCCUCUCAACCUGCUCCAGCCAGACAGUCGUGAUUAUGAAGACGUGUGCAGCCUCUUCCUCCUGCAGAUGGCUUGUGUGCUCAACAUGUCCAGCAAAUGGCGCCACGCCAGAAUGAGAAUCUUCCUGAAUGUUGAGACUGAAUCCAGCGAUCAGGGCUGGGUGGUGAAUGAGGAGACGUUCCGAGAGCUGCUGAAGAAGCUGAGGAUCAGAGCGUCCAUAAAGAUCGUACCGUGGGACUCGGUGGUGCAGCAUCACACUCAGCUGGAGGGGGAGUCAACUCUGGCCCUGUCUGAGGACUUCCUGUCUGCAGUGAACUGUUUGUUGAUGGAACACAGCUCACAGGCUGCUGUUCGCUUCCUGUAUUUACCUCGACCUCCUGCUCAUCACAGCCAGGCCCAGCUGUACUUAUCCCAGCUGGAAGCAGUGACAAACAGUUUAGGGCCAACGCUUCUGAUUCACGGCAUCACCCCGGUCACAUACACUGACCUCUGAGCAUGUGCAGUCAGUUUUUGUUAAAGUUAUUUAAUGUCCAUUGGGAAAUAUCCAACCUGACUGCCUACUUCAGUGUAAGUAUAAACUCUGGUUACAUGUAUAAUUAACAAUAACAUAAUAAAAAAUGGAUGCUAAGGUACUUUAAGUUGCACCUGUUACUGUGUUUUUUGUAGAUUUGAGUCAUUUCACUGAAGCGUAGUAGAAGACAACAGUCCAGUGUAGUCUGAGAAUAAACCACUUGAAGUUUUUGCAAUCACAUAGGAUAUUUUCCUAUUUUCAUAUACUUGAACUGACUUGGUAAAUAAUCCGAGUGUGUAAACCAUCUGUCUGCUUUUUAGCUUCAGGUCCUCCUUCACAUAACACAGAAAUGUGUCUUAUAAACAAAAACAAAUUGUUGUUUUGAAUCAUACGGGUAGUCUAGAAUAUUUAAUAUAUAAAUGUCUGUCUUUGGCUUCAGGGAUGGGAUUGUAACUUCGCUGGUGUUUUGUAAUUGCAGGAACAAAUUGUAUUUCCUGUUUUGGGAAAAUGAUGCACAUCACUCUUUUUAAUUCUGUAGGAGAUUUUGCAACUUGAGUUUUGUUGUUUCAUAGAUUCUACUGGUAGCUGGACCAAAGAAUCCAAACAUGUUCUUUUGAGUGAAUUGAAUAUUUAGCCUAGUUUUCAACACUUUCACGCAAUUAUAUUUUGCUACAUUUUUCUUUAAAUUUAUAUUUAUGAUAAGGGAAAUGUACCAAAGACAGAUCAGCAGCAUUUGAAGCUGCUGUAUGAACUGACCUAAAAAUAAAGUGAUAUUUUAUUUUAUUAUUAUCAUCGUUCUUUUGUGCUUUACAGUGAAGACUUUUAAAAGACGCCAAAACAGGGUACAGUAACAAUUACUGAAAGCCUUUUUUAUUCAUCAUUAACCAGUAUCAGUCAAGACCAAGACCAAAGAUGAAAGUAAGGGUAGCAUCAAAGCACGUUUUCACAUUUACUCACAUGGAUUAAUUAAAAAAAAAAAAAAAAAAACAUAAAUAAAUGCACUUCCUCAGUUUACAAUGUUAAACACAGCAUGCACCUGCUAAAAUAUUACAGAAGUUGACUGAGAUGCUCCAUGUUGAUG